UCCGGGAGUUUGUUCCCCUUUCUCUGUGUGAAGCUGCCCUCUCGUUCAUACUACACAAAGAAUCCCAUUCCUCUGCAUGAAUACCCGUUGAUGAAGUUUACUCGGGAUCGAGGUCACUUUGAAAGACCCGCGGUUGACGUCAGGAACUGAUUAAGUAAGAGAAACACGCUGGCUUCCAUUGGAGAGAUGGGCUGAGUUGUUUCUAGUGGGAUAUCAUUACCAUGAUGUGCAGAGCCAACAAUGUGGCAUCACGAUGGUUUUCAAAGGGAAAGGGAGAUAACCUGCAGAGCUGAGAAUGGCCAAAGCCUGCUUUGUUGAUGAGGAGGAUAUACCAGACAAGGAGCUGUGUAAGGCUUUGACUGAAGGUGUCACGCUCCGUAAUAAGGGUGUCCAGUAUGAUUCACAGCGCACCUUGAACAAACGGUCUUUGGUUUUGGAUGAGGAAAGCUUUGAGAAGACCUUUCUAGUCUGUGCUGUCUGUCGUGAUUCCUUCACGAACCCUUUAAAGCCCCCUAAACUUCUCCCUUGUCACCACUCUUUCUGUCUACCGUGUAUCAAAUCACUAUUCCAAACUGAGGUGGAGUAUCGUCAAAGUCUCACCCCCUCGUUGAGGGGCAUGCCCACAGCAGUCAGUCUACACUGCCCGACCUGCAGAGGUAACUUUAUUACCACUGAGGAGAACGUCCGGACAUUGCCUACAGAUCACAGAGUGGUCCAGUUGUUAGAUUUUGUUCAACAUACCGAGAGAUACACUGUUAGCUUCUGUUCCAAACACAAGCUACAAGCUUUGAACUUCUUCUGUGAACCCUGUAUCCAGCCUGUGUGUCGUGAUUGCACCGUGUUAGAUCACAAAGAACAAGAUGGUCAUCUUGUUAUGGACUUAAAUGAAGCGCUUGAGAAAUACACUCCAGUUCUAGAUACAGCUAUCAAAGAGAUGGAUACUGAGGCCGGCGUGUUGGGGAAGAAGCAGGAGACGCUUGACACUGCUACAAAGAAGUUGGAAGGCGUGAGAACAGAUCUACUCAAGAACAUCCAUGACACAUUCGGUCGUUUGAAGCAGCAGCUAGCAGAGCGCGAGCGAGAGAUGGAAAGCAUCGCAGAGAAUGAAGUAAAUAAGGAAAAGAAGAAGUUGGAUGAGAAAGCUGAAAAGCUUUCGUCAAGGCGGAAAGCUCUUCUGGACCAUUCAUCUACUCUGAAACAAGCCAAGGAAGAGAGUAGUAUUGAGGAAAUGUUCAGCAUACACCAACAGUACCGCGAGUACAGGGCACAACCCCCGAUCAAGAUCAGGGAGGUUGACGACGGAAUUAUGACGACCUUUUCCUUCAACGCCAGAGAUGAAUCUAUUCUCUCGUCCAGAAUUAACAACUUCGGUGAUAUUGGUGCUAAGGUGGAGUCUACGUUUCAUUCCUCAUCUGGCUAUGGCUACCCAACGUCCCGGAGCACCUACAAGUAGGUGCAUGCACCCGGCAUUUCGCGUCUUGUCUUUCAGUUGUUGGACCUUCAGCCAGACACGCAAUAACGGUUGCAGAAUAGACUCGAGCGAGACUGCAGCAUGGCCUUUAGUCUCGUCCAUGAGAAGUCACGCUGAUUCUUUUGUAUCAGCUGCCAUGUUGGCAACUGCAACACACGUCCGAGGAGUGAUUGGGGAGAGGUUUGAAGAAGACUGGCAUUUCAUGUGACUUCUUUAUCAUUUGUGUCUGUGUUUACCCAAUGAUCUCGUUGUAGAUGUCUGAAUGGGACACAAUAUGACUCUUUGAGCCUUUUUUUUCCAUAUUUCUAUACACUUAUCUACUUGAGUACCUUGAACGAAGCUAUGAAUAUCUGUGAUCACCAUUCAUCGCUACGUUUUAUAUGUUUGUGCAAAACACGAAGAUAUUACAAUACAGUGUAUUGAGAAUUAAAACUGUUGUAACAAAUACUUUUAAGUUUAAUAUAACUCACACCUUAACAUGAAUAUAUCUAUUUUGUGACACAAUAUUGUUUGCUUUUGGUAGAUGGAACUGAAGGUAUUCCUACAGAUAUAUGACUCCCUGUUUCGAAUAGGUUACUGUGUACAGGCAAAGCUGGAAUGAGUAAUUUAAAAAAAAAAUGAAUAUAUUCUCGCAUUUUGUUUUCACUCAAUUUAAAUCAAGUCAGAUUAUGUUUACAUUUAUUGCAUAUUUAUCCAGUGUUUGAAUAAUAUUUUUUUCUGAUUUGUUUUAGAAACACUGAAUAAUGAAUUAUUUGACAAGGUGCGUUAAGAAAGUGAGAAUGAUUGAUUGUAUAGGGUAUUAUGCCAAAACAAUUACCAGUACAUGAGCAUGAAGUCGUUCUGGCGAUACAGCUGAAUCAGGGUUUCUGAGUACCAUUGUCUGUAUGUUGAACAUGGGCUUUUGUGAUUAAUCUAGUCCUCGUUACUGCAACAGUGUUUCGUGUACUAUUCAUUAGAAUAAACUUGGUAUUGGACAUCUCAGAGGGAUCAGAAAAGACAUUGUAGAUAAGUGUAGAAUUAAAUACGUUAUGCGCCUCCAACGGUUAAAUAUACCGAUAAUGAAUUAACCAAGCCAAAUAAAUUAAAGGUUCAAAUUGUUUAUAUAUAUAUUUAUGUAUGGGCUUGAUCGUAAAAUUAUUCUACAUACUUAAGUGCGGUAACAUUUGUUGGCUGGUAAAUUUUGGUUAACAGUGGUGGUUUCAUGACAUGAAAUCAAUGAUCUUUCCAACGCCAGUUUUGUUAGUGGGGUGAAAUAAUAUCUUUCUAUUUGUUACACUACGUAACAUUACAGCAUCCAUACACGGUAAGUUGCACAUAUGCUGAAUACAGGUAGCCACUAUGAAACUGGGUAGAUGAAGACACAUUAUUUCCAAUUUGUGAAAGUUUAAGAAUGUAAGAUAUUGUAAUACAACAUGAUGUCAGUGAUAUUCCUGAUCGCUCUCUUUUGGUAACUGUAUUAAAGAGAUGAAGAGAU